UUGACGUGUGCGGUUCUUAUGCUAUGAACCCCUGCAUUGUGGGCACAUGCGUGAAUGAUGGCAAGGGCGCCUACUCAUGCAUCUGCCCUCUUAACUACAUUGAGAGCACGACCGUUGACAACUCCUCCACCUGUGAUCCUGCCAACACCACAGCAACUACUUUGACGGUCACUGGUGCAAACUGGUGGUGCUCCGACGUCUUUCCUGUGACCGGUCUUUCCUUGGCUAGCUUGCCAAAGCAAACCGUG